GCCAGAUACUGCAAUGAAGGUCCUUGCACAAGCAUUGGUCUUGGUCUCUCUGGUUUUUCUGGUGGAAUCGAGAAAGAUCCACUUUCAGUCAGCAAGUCUAGAUGGGAAAAUAAGAGAGAAAAGACAAGCGCAAUCAAAUGCUAACGAUACAGCGACCGAAGCAAUUCUAAAAAAUGAAGAGCAGACAGUAUCUGAACCGACUCCAAGCGAAACAGUAGUUAAAUCCCCUACUGAAAUAACUGCCAAUUCAUUAUCAGAGCCUGCACCAAGCCAGGCAGAACCAAGCACCGAAGCUCCUACAGACGCGACCACAGAAUCUGCUGUGAAUAUACUGGCCGAUCCUCCUGGUGAACAAAAUGCCAAUCCUGAUGCUGCAGCUGCAGAGGCUGUAGACCCCGAAACCACAGCAAAUGUUGCAGUUGCAACUGAAGUUACUACCACUGAGGCAACAGGAACUGCCACAGAGGCUGCUGCUGAAGUGACCACCACUGAGGCAACAGGAACCGCACCAGAGGCUGCUGCUGAUGGGACCACCACUCAAGCAACAGGAACUGCCACAGAUGUUGCUACUGAAGGGGCUGUGGCUGAAGCAACAGGAACUGCACCAGAUACGGGAGCUGCCACUGAUGCCGUAUCAGAGGGUACAACUGGAGGAACAACAACAGGGGUAGCUGUAGAGGCCACUACCUCCACUGCAGCACCCGAAGUUGUAACACCAAAGGCUGUGUUAAAGAAGAAACAAAGGAUGACAAAGAAACAAAGAGCUGCUAUUAGGGCGGCAAAAAAACGCGCAAGGUUGGCUAAGGCGAAAAGGAACAAGGCGGCUAAGAACGUAAAGGUCGAAAGUAGAAAACUAAAAAAGGCACACAGAAAAGCAAAGGCUAAUGCUAAAAAACAAAAAAGGUUAGAGAGAAAACGUGAAAAGAGACUCUCAAAUAAAAGAGGAGCUAAAAAGCGAAAGAGAUCAGUCAAGAAAUACAAGAAGUCUAGAGUAUGAUUGGAAGUGUGACUGAAAAAAUCAAAUCAAUCAGUUAUUCCAAUUGUGAUUUUGUGAAUAUUGUUGUAGUUUAGUGUAUGUAUAUAGUUGUUUUAUUUUUAUUAAAAUCUAAAUUAUUCCUCAA